UACAGUGCCUAGUGUCCAACUACUUUCAACCAGGACUCUGAUUCACUGAGAUUGUCUUCAAACUUAUCAUAAAGUGACUAGAGUGACACCUCCGUCAUUGUGUCUAUUAAAAGCGUGUUAUUGUUUCAACAUUUUCUUGUGCGGGACUAGAAAACACAUCGCUAAUUAUUUGUACAGGCUUAAUUUUAGCGGAUAUGACUCUCUUCGAGUAAACAGAAAGGCAUCUCUAUAUUCUUUAAAAAGUACGUGACAUGUUAAGUGUAUUCUUGCUAAUUAUAAGGGUUCACAUCCUUAAGGCAGGUAGUUCACAGAUAAAUUUAGAUCAGUAGAGAAGAAUACAAUAUUAAAUCAUAUAAAAGAUAGCUAUGAAUUAUAUUAGUCAUUAUGCAAUAACAAAAAGUAGUUGUGUUAAAAUAAAAGUCUUCUAUGACGUUUAGAGCAAUGCUGCCCAUUUGCUUUGGUAUUAUACUGCUUACAACAUUGUGUGUUUACAGCAAUCCAAUUGACCCGCCGUGUCGCAAAUUAGACUUACCUAAUGGUCACUUCAGCUACCGCAGACAAAGAUCGAAUGCUCCCUAUGUUAACUUCACCUGUAAACAUGGAUUCCAGCUGCUUGGUGCUAAUGUAGCCUUGUGUAUCAAAGGAGAGUGGACCAACCCUGAACCUAAAUGCAUUGCUGCCGGGUGUAUCACGCCCAGUGUUGAGCCUCCUCUGUCAAUACUGACAUUUCAUGGCGGUGCCCUGCUACAGUUUGUCUGUGAUGUCGGGUUCAGAAGAAAAGGUCACGAAACGGUUUAUUGCAACGGAAGUCAUUGGAACGAAGAGCCGCCAUCAUGUGAAGUUAACCAAAGCCAUGGAUGCAAUUUCGAGGACGGACUUUGUGGAUGGAGCCGCGACCUAACUGGCAACAUCACGUGGAUUCGACACAGGGGCAAGACGCCUACUCCAAACACUGGGCCAUCUGUAGACCACACGACGAACAAGACUUUUGGUUAUUACCUGUACAUUGAGUCUUCAGUACCAGAACCAAGCGGUAAAGUGGCCAGGAUACUGUCGCCCUUGUACUUCGAGCAUGAAUUAGAUGGUCUCUGUCUUGAGUUCUUUUACCACAUGUAUGGUGACGAUGAUCUCGGAAGUCUGGAGGUUUUUCUAUUGCCCGUCAAUGGGACGUUCGAAGAGUUGAACGCAAGUCAAAGAGUUUUUCUGGAGAAAGGCAAUAAAGGAAAUCGCUGGAUCCGAGCAGAAGUUACCUUAUCAGAUCAAACAGAACCUUUCCAGAUAGUACUUCAAGCUACGCUGAGUCAAAGUGUUGCCAGUGACAUUGCAGUGGAUGAUCUUCUCUUCGUUAAUUGUUCGCAGACAACUGUCAGCACAGUGUUUACAACACAAUAUGAAGUGUCCAGUGAUCGUCUAGCGGACUCAACAUCUACCUGGGCAGCCACCACUGUGAAGGAUCUGGUGCUAGUGGUGACAGAAGGUCAAGACGCAACUCUUGAAGACUCCCCAGCGACUGGUGCUGAAAAUGAUUCAACUGCUCCAUUCACUUCUGAACAAACUGCCACAAUUUUUCGAAUUAACACUUCAAUUACUUCUGGAGUAACGAAGAUUUCGUCUUACGAAUUUUCUGACUCUAGUUCCACAACUGAUAGUUCUAACUCGUUGCAGGAAUUGGAUGCGCACAUUUUAUUCACUAUUAUAUUCAGUGUCGUGUCCGUGUUGUUCGUGGGGGUUGUACUCCUCGGCGUUUCAGUAUGGAGGUGGGCAAAGUAUAAAGAUAGCAAGGAAAAUGUUUUGAAAAUGAUGAACUUUGAUAGGGUUCGAUUACAAAAUAAAACUGAAAUAGAAGCCCAUAAAUGAUAUUCGAUUAGGCUAAAUGAAAAGUUAAAGUGGUAUCGUGAACUAAAAAAAAGUAAGAUUUUGAUCAUUGCCAUAUUGUGUAUAUUUUAAGACCAACAGACAUUAAUCACAACUGGAUAAUGUUAUUUGAGAGUCAAUGCUGUCAGCUAAUAUUGGACUUUUCAUGUCUUUAGAUAUUGAGCAUGACUGACGAAGUGAGAGCCAACGUUUAGUUCAAACCGGAGAACCCUAAAAGGAUUUGUUGAUACAACGUUUUCGUUUAUUUCGAUUUUAAAACAAGCAAAAUACACACAAAAAUACUUUUUUUUUAUAAAACAUAGCUUAUAUGAAGUGUAUCAGUUUGUUUGGAUCAGUCACGUGAUUAAAUUUUGUAAUAAGCCUCGGACCACAAUCUAUACAGGAGACUAAUGCAGCUUAUACCAUCACUUUAGUCAAGUACUAUUUCUUUCCAUUGGAAAAGGGACUAACUCAGCUUAUACCACCACAUCAGUCAAGUGCUAUUUCUUUCUCUUGUUUGAGAUACCAAACAAAGUAAUUUAUUACUAAUAAUCAAAUAACUAAUUGGUUAUUUUUUUAUAUUCUUGUAUUGUCAGGUAAAAGAAAUAAUUCUGCAAAAUUUCAGCUUGAUCCGAGAUUGCGUGUCGAAGAAUUAAACUUUUGGACAGACAGACAGAGUCAGUUGAUGUAAGCUUUCAAAAAUACUCAAUAUCAGUGUGCAUAAUGUGUAUAUUAUAUCUGUUUUCUAAAGAAAUGUCAACAUUUAUCUUUCUAAAUUAUGAUGGACUUUAUGGAUGACAACUUCACACCAGAUGUUUCAAAUAUCUAACUUACAGUGAAUGUCUCCAUAGAAUGUGAAUUUCUGAUCUCUCCAAGUCAGAAUUUGAAGAUAAUUUAUUUACGUUAUAUGAUGGUUCUAUAUGACUUUGCUUAUGAGUGAAUCAGUUCUAGUAUAGAAAUAUGUGGCGUGGGUAGGUUUUAAAAAUAGUAGAUGCACUUUCAAUGCAUACAGCUUCUUGGUCUUCAAACUAUACAUCAUGUCUGGAAUUGAUUAUUUUGAGUCAUUAAAAAUUCUGUGUUUAUAAAAGAGUUAAUGCAACGUAAAGUCAUUUCUUAUACUCUUUAAUUGUAAUCUUAGAGCCGAGUCAGUGACAAAUAUUAUAUGUCUCUGUUGUUGGCCUACAAAGUUAGUUCUUUUUAUUUUUUCUUAAAGGACUUCCUCUUUCUCGUAAAAAAUAAGUAAUUUUUACGAUGGAUUUAAUGCCCUUGUAAAAACUGUAAGUAAUUAGCCAUGGUACCUUAUUCGUAACAUUCUUCUCAAAAUAA